CACUGUGUGAGGGCCCGCCGGGACCUGCACGCGCGGCACCGGCAUGGCACAUACCACCACCCGCGCGCCCACACCACCCACCGCCCGAUAGUCCAAGGGUCCAGCGCUUGUCCGCGCCAGUAUGCGGCGACACUGAAGGGCUCCUUCCGCGCUGACCUGGCUGGAAGGAGCUGUGACCUGACCUGACCUGCAACCAAAGAGUUAGAAAGUGAGAUUAUGCUUAUUAGCUUCUGAAAGUGCCUUUGCUGCUGAAUAUAACAACACGUGUGACAGUGAUAUGACUGGUAGAGAACAUUAGGUUAAUCGUUUCCUCGAGAGCGCCAUGUGAGCUCGUCAUGGGGCCGAUUCGUGCCUUCGUGCGCCCCCCUCACGGAACCGCCCCGGGGGAGUCGGUCACCACAGCCAGCCUCUUCAGCCCCUCGCACCACCAGGGCUUCUCCGCGCGCCACCGCCCCUUCGCCGCCCACGCCACGUCCCCUGCCCUCGGCUUGCACCACCACCAUCACCACCACCACCUCCCGUGUGCCGCCCAUGUCAGCCCGUCUUCCCUUGGCGCCCAUGACCAGCUCUUCAACCCCCACGCCUGUACCUCUCCCGAGCCCCCGCGCGUGGGUCUAGGAUCUUCGCUUGGGUCCUCCGAGACGCCGCCGCCCCCUCCUCCUGCGCGGCCGUGCAGCCCUCACCGACACUUUAAGAAGAUCCUGCCCCCAGGAGCGGCUGCGGCGCUACAGCUCCCGCAGCACCCCCGCUUUUCGCUGGUGCGUUCCGACACUGCGUCGGGAGGACCCGUCGGCACGGGGGACGCUGGGGUGAACAGCUGCGGCGACGCCUUCGAGAGUAAGCAGCAGCAGCGGAAGCAGCAGCAGGAUGACAAGGCCAAGGAGAGGAAGUGCGCCUUUAGGUUCGAGGAGAGUUACAAGGAAUGCAAAUGGAAAAUCUGUGACGAAUGGAGGAGGGAAGACAAGGAUGAGAGUGACUGGAAAAAAGACAUUGCAGGGGGCAAGUGGAAGAGAGAUUUCGAUAAACACAAGUGGAAUAAAGCGUAUAGUGAAGUUAAAUGGAAGAAGGAAAAUAGUUACAAGUGGAAAAAGGAGAGACGUGACGUUGGGUGGAAAAAGGAUAAAGAUGAAUUUAAGUGGAAGGGAGAGAGGGCUACGCUGGCCACGUGCGUCACGCCAGAAGCCAAGUCCGACAUCACGUCGCCCUCCCAGGUGGCGCUCGAAUUCCCCUUCUCAGACGAGGAAGACGAAGGCGACGAAGAGGGCGGCAGCGGAGGCAGGCGCGCCGACGGCAGCAGGCACGAGGCGUGGCCCAUCUCGGACAUCGUGGAAACGGAGGACGAGGAAGGGGAAGUCGUCGCACGGAACAGCGAAGUGUAUAAUCAGGGAGCGUGGGAGAAAGAGGGAGAGAAGGCAGGCUCGAGAACAGGCAAGGAGAGCGAAGGAGAAGCCGUGGCCGGGCUGAGUAAUGCUAGUCCAGAGAAUCACAAUCUAGUCAUCCGCGCUGUAGUCGCCCCAGAACACGCUCACACCAGAGUACCUGAACACACGGCCAGCGCUAGCAGAGCUUCCCAUGCAAGUGAAAAUCCGUUUUGCAAGCGCCCGGGUUUGUUGCAAGAAGAAGAUGAGUGCUCGAGGAUGCGCGAGAGCCAAGAGACCUCGGGCAUCGACAGGAGCGACGGAGAAGAGGAUCUCGACGCCGACAGGAAGGAUGACGAGGGGGACGUCCCGCGGGACGGCGUGAGGGCGACGCAGCGCCUUCGUCCUCGCAGCUACAGGCAAUUCCUCCUGACGAGAGAGCGAAGGAGUCGCGAGUUCCUGAAGGCGCGCAGUUACCACCUUGGAAGAUGGUUCGUCACCCACUUCACUCACCCGUAUCCGUCGAAGGAACAGAAGGACCAGCUGGCGAGCCGGACCAACAUGACGAGGAACCAGGUGAGCGAGUGGUUUGGCAACAUGAGGCGCAGGAUCCGAGAGGCGACCCGAGGCCUGGGCGUGUGCUGGGAGGAGAAGGUCCGUGUCUACAACUCAGUCAUCACGGGCAAGUCGGAGCCGCUGCCCAUCGAGUCGGGGGACGCCAUCAACACCUGGGUCCCGCCCAUCGCUCAAGAACCCUCAUCCUUGGACACGAGUGAGGAAGUGUCCGUGACGCCCAAGUUCAAGACGACGCUGCUCCACCGCUACCUCAGCAACUCCUUCGAAUCCCCGGGAAGACGCGAGGAAGAAGGAAGCGUCGUCAGGCCAGCCACCGCCUCCAGCCCGCCCUUAGGAGAGGAAUCCAGGGCCGCCCACGAUCCUUACGCCUCGCCCGUGACGCUCAAACCCUCCGUGCUGCCGCUGUGCACGUCAAGCCCCAAGGACAACAUCCAGGCUCGGUGGAACACGUCCUUCGAGCACGUUAAGGAUACCACGGUGCUGGUGCCCAGGAAGGUCUCCCAGGGCAAGGCCGAGCACAGGAUGAAGUGCGGGAGGACUCCGCUGCUGAUGGAUGGCAAGAUGGAGCCCUUGAAGAGAUCCUUCAGUGACUCUUUGAACGAGGAGGACUUCCACUCGCCGGGCGCCAAGAGACAGAGGUCGACAGAGCCCUCUGUCGAAUGGCUUCACCAAGCUUCGACGUCUCAAGAACCCGCUUCUGUCGUCCUGUAUCGUCGUCGAUCGGAGGCGUGGGCCGGCGCAGGGGCUCCGGCCAGCAGCAACAGCAGCCUCCACCUGUCUGCCUGGAACGCCCACACGAUAUGUGGCGACAGCAGGUCCUCUGAUGAUGAUGGUAGCGACGAGCAGUGCUUCCGACAGCCUGAGGAGCUGGCGGCUGCCUAUACACUCAUGCAAUUGCAACAUAUGUAACGCACGUGAGGCAGUCGUGUAGCGCGUGGCACAUAUGGCCAGCUGCAGCACGUGUGGUGCAUUUGGCGAGAAAUGCGUGCAACAUAUGGGCAGCUACCAGCGUCAAGCACAUGAGCUGGACGAAGGGGCUCAUCAGCUGCAGCUUACUUCAAGAGCCUUGUUAUGCCGUCGGUUAGAAGAGCUUGUUCGUUAACCGUCUCAUUCCGCUUGUUCUGGUCAAGUCGCUGUGUUCUCUCAGCUUAUUGCCCCCGCCCCCCUUCCCCCUAAGAAAUGAGAAGAGAAAGCAGGAAAAGAAAAAGGAAAGUUCUCACCUUCCUCGAUCUGGAGAGGACAUUUCCUGCUUGGUCUUUCGGAGAGCAGCUGUGUCUUCCUCGAUGUGUUUUCUCGUCUAAAGUGCCUUUUUUCGCGAAGGGGCCGAGGGGGUGCGGGGGGGUAAAUUUGGAAACUGUUUCUCUUCUCUUCCUCAGCUCCUCUUUGGACUCCUUCAGAUUUCUAGAUAGAAAGAAAGGAAAAAAAUAAGCCGUGUGUGAAUUGUGCCGUCCUUAUACUUCCUCUUUGUGAUACUUUAAAUCCCACGAAGAUUUCUUUUCUAAUGCUCAUAUUAUAUAAUGCAUCUUUGGUGUACUUGAAUGUGGAUAUUUAAAAAAAAAAGGACUGUUUGAAUGUACAUUCGAGUUCCAUAUACAAACUUUCUUCUAGGAGUUGUUUGUCUAAUAUGUAACUCUGUCUGGUGAGUGAAAGAAUUUAGAUGAUAAAAUGCCGGGAGAAGAGGUAAUUUUCCCCACAGUACAACUCCUGUGUACAAAUAAGAAAUGCCUGAACAAUAGACGCUAUUUUUUGCGAAAAGAAACUUCGGGACAUAACAGUGCCUAGUUCUUACAUGAUGUGAAAAUAUUUAGUAUCUUCGAAGUGAUUUCUUUUCUUCCUCAUCACCUAGUCGGACGUGAACGUAGCUCUUACAUCCAGUGCACUUGUAGAAGAACUUUUGCGAAGUGUGCCCCUCACAUCUCUUCGUGCAAGUAGUGAUUUAAGAGAAUGAUCUAAGCAAGCACCAAACCAGCCGUGACACACCAAGGAAAUUGAAUGGAAGAACAUCUGAUGGUUUCUCAUUAUCAUUGAUUUUGCCCAGCUCAUAAGCGGGACCAACAGUGAGUAAAAUCGUAACCACACUCCACAUCUCGACUAGGGAAGUAGCUGGGCUAUCUCCAGUCUUUUUUUUUCUUUUACUGUAUUUUUUUUUUCUUUUUCCGUUAUUACAGUCACUUCAAAGCAGGUCUUUGAACGGUUAUAACCAUCAUUAGCAAUAUAGCGUGAUCACGAAGGUAUUUCUGGUUUACGUUUUAGUAAGCUGGUGCGCACAUACGCAGGGGCAGUCGUUUGUGAUUUACAAUAUUUAUUGCGUCUAGUCUUUCAAUAACUGCGUUUCCAUGGAGAACUGUUAUUGGAUGUUCUGACUGACAGUGUAUAGAUGCUUUUACAAUACAACUGAGAAAAUGCAUUCACUUCCAUGGAAAAUGAAAUGACAUGUUGGAGCAUAUUAUGCUCCUUCAGCAGUGGCUGCUUGUAUUAUUUUUGCAGUGCCUUCAAGAUGCCACGAAGUGUACAGGAAUUUGUGUGUAGACUCCCGAUUGUGACGCCUAGUCAGAUGGUAAAAUGGUCACCCUCUCCAGGGAUGUGAUCAAGCAACGUCUUUUCGAAAAGAACGCUUGCUGACUGUUACAGAAUCAAGCUAGUCAAAACAGUUCUCUGUCGAAACAGAUUGUAAAUAUUUACCUUUUUCUCUGCCUUAGUUCUGUAUACCCUUAUGGUUCUGCACAUCUUUUCCUAUAUGAAGCAAACCCUGAAAUAUAUACUAGUCAACAAGAAAAAACAAAAAACAAACCGGAACAGUCACUCAACAAGAUCUAGUCAAAAGGGGACAGGUAGCCAUUUCUGAAUACUGCGCCGCGACCUCCAACCUGCCUCCCAAGCCAACUGAGAGAGAUCCAUUCGCAGGAUAGCAGGAUUAUGUCCGUCUUGCAUGGUCCUCCUUCCAAGUCUAUCCUUGUAAGAUAAUCCUUGUAAGGUCAUCCUUCAAGGGCUAUCCUUCUAAGACCCUCCUCCUAAAGCCAUUCUUCUAGGGUCAUCCUUCGAAAGGAAGGAUUUCGAGAGAAUGAAGAGGAACUUUUGACUUUUAGACACUGUCGUCUCUGUUCAAUGGGAGUUCCUCAUUUCUCUUCCCUGAUAACCAUUGUCAUUUUUAUUUCUUUCUGAAAUGACAUCAGCAUAUAGUUCAUCUCACAAUUGUUUUAUCAGUUUUAGGAUGAUUGAACGAUAUUUAUAACUAAUGGAAGCAUUAUUGAUGUGGCUCUCUCAUGAGCUGUCAACAUGCUUGUCUCCAAGAGAUUGAAACUAACAACACCAGCGAUUAUUCCUAAUUAUGUCUGCGUGUCAUUAACUACCGUCAUUAUUAGUCUACCAACUAAUAGCCACUAGAUAUAACAACCAAUUACCGAAACUACGCCUAACUCUGACUUAAAACCAACUCAUACAGCCGACAAUCACAUCUUGAUAACUUUAAGAGGCGUCAAUCCUCUCUCAUCAUUAUUGUUCACUUCUUUUCCAUUGAAGUCAACCAGUACAGUAAAGGCAGAAUGAAAGGACUGCAAAUAUGUUAUUAACAAAUCAAACAUUAAGCAAAAGAUCUGUAAAGCUCUCAACAAAAAAGUCAUACUAAAUCAAAAUAUAUUGCAAAGACGUUAAUGAAAUAUUUUCAGUCGUAGAGGUUUCCCUUCAUCCUCAUCGCUGAUUCACCCAUUCGUCCAUAUAUAUUAAGUUAUAUCCAAAUAUCGAUUAGAGAAGCAGGGCACUUAACAGUAAUCUUUAAGAAAUGAAAUCGAGAAGUUAUGAAACAUUUCUCCUUCAAGAGGCAACCUAAUUUAAAUGAACAAAGGAGAAAGCAAAGAUCCCUUUCAGUGGUUCAGUUUAUGAAGAAUAUCAUAUUCAUUAUGGUUAUUAUGGCCUCAGAGAAACUGGAGCUUUACUAUUGACAUAUAUUUUACCUCAGCCGUUCCUUCUUUAUUUGCCUAAAUGGUCACUGGUCUUUGAACAUAUCUGAGAGUUGAUUGAUUUACUGAAAAAUAACAUUUAUGAUGCAUAAGAUGAUUUGCUUCAAACUCUUUUCUUGCACCUUUUAUCACACCUAUCAUCACUGACUUAACUAAUGCUAUUAUAGGGUAACUGUUACUGCUAUUUCUACUGCUGCUGUCACUACCACUUCUAAUACUGCAGUUACUACUUUUACUAAUACUGCUAUUACUGAUAGUACCUUUACCUGCUAUUACUACUCUACUGUUAACACUACUACUGCUACUAUUUUUAUCAAAAUUACUACUACUACUACCACAGCUGCUGCAAUUACUCCUCUUCCUCCUACUAUUACUACUACUACUACUACUACUACUAUUACUACUACUACCACUACUACUACUACUACUAUUUCUACUACUACUAUUACUACUACUACUAUUACUACUACUACUAUUACUACUACUACUAUUACUACUACUACUAUUACUACUACUACUAUUUCUACUACUACUACUAUUACUAUUAAUACUAUUACUAUUACUGCUGCUGCUACUACUACUAUUAAUACUACUAAAAUAACUGCUUAUACUACCGUUUAUUUUUAUCUAAAACGUCUAAAGUAUAUCCUACUUCUUUUGCUUCAUCUGUUUAUUUUAGUUGGCACUGUUACUUCUUGGGCAGCAUUAGACAUUACCUUUUUUUCUACCUUCCUUUACUAUACUUCUGUUGUUUUUAUCGAUACUUUAUAAAUUAUGUCAUUAUAUUUAUCAAAACUGUCAUUACUAUUAUGAAUGUAUUAUUUCAAUUAUUGUUGUGUAAUUGGGAACAUAUGUUUUUUGUCAAUGGAUAUUAUCAUUAUCAUUAUUCACUUAACUUUACUGGAGAGCAUUGAUAAUGCAUAUAAUCGCGCUAGUUAUAGUUUUUUUUAGUCAAUUCACCGUUAACAUUUAUUAGUAUGAACUAUACAUUUCAGCCAUCAACUGUUAUUUUUCCAUGUGAAUAAUUUCCUAUAAACUAUAUUCUUCCCACAUGUUUCUAACUAUUUUCACUAUAAAACUUUCCAACUAUCCCACUACGUGGAACCUUUCAAUAUACUAUCAGUACUAUUAACAACACUAACCAUUUAACAACUAAUAUAUUUCCUUAUAAUGCGACUACCACUAACAAAGUGUAAAAAUUCACAGUGCUUUUUUUCCUGCAUCCUUUCAGUGCUACUAACAACAAUAAUCAACACAGUUUACAUUCUAUAACAUAUUACCACACAUUGGUACCACCACAUCGUUUAACAAUUCACAGAAUCUCCUUCAUAUUGUCAUUACUACUAACAACACUAAUCUUUUAACAUUUCACAAAAUCAUCAUAUGUAUUGUCACAAAUAAACUAAUUACUAAUUAAAGAUUAACAACUAAAACAACUGCAGAAAUCGAAUACUUUACACAGCAGCUAGCAAUGAUACUAACUGAAGCAAGUUCGUCUCAUCGUCGGCUUAAAAUGUAACAAUAAGAUGCAUAAUCUCUAAUGUUUUUUUAACAAUGUAAAACCUUUCAGAGGAGGACAGCUUGGUUAGAGUCAGUGGUUUUGAG